AAUAUUUCAGUUGGUUGGAGUAACAGUCAGUUACAGAGCAGUUAUGAUAAACUGAGUAAAAACCACAGUCAGCUACAGGAAGAAGUGAAGAAGCUGAAGGAGAAGAUAGAAGAGAAGUGUCCUGAUCGAUGGACGAGAUUUGGAAGCAGCUGUUACUUUAAAUCCACUGAGAGGAAAACUUGGUCUGACAGCAGGAGAGACUGUCAGGAUAAAGGAGCUGAUCUGGUGAUGAUAAACAGCAAAGAGGAACAGGAAUUUAUCAAUGAACUGAACAUGAGAGGAGAGUCCUGGAUUGGUCUGACAGCCAACAACCCAUCAGGACGAUAUGAAUGGGAAUGGGUGGACGGAUCAGCGCUGACAGAAACGUUCUUGGCAGAAGGAUAUGCGAUUCCCAGUUAUGGUUACUAUGGAGUCUGCUGUGACAGAGAUGGGAAAUGGACACAGUCACCUGGAUAUAAUUUUGGUCAUCAUGUUUCUAAGACCUUCAUCUGUGAGAAAUGAGUUUGGUGCUUUGAUGUAAAUGUUUGAAUAAUCCAACCAAAGACACCUCACUAUGAAAUGUCCUGCAUGAGCCUCAGACUCAGCUCACAGUUGUUACUUGUUCAUUCUGCAUCAUAUAUUGAUUACAUAUAUUGUCCCUCUGUGCUCUGUGCUGUACAGUAAGGUUGGAAGUCAUUCAUCAGUCUGUUGUUCCUAAAACUACAGUAAAUGUCUUAUUUCUAACAGUUCAGCAAAAAAUAUGUUUGAUCAA